CGUGCGUCAAUCGGUUUUUAACAAAUAGCCGAGUGAUAACGUCGUAACCUCUCUUAUCUCGUAUCCCGGAACGUCUGCGAACUCUCCGAGGGUCUCUUAGGUAAUGCCAGAGCUAGAGGUUGCCUCCUCUGCAUUUCAUUAGUAUAUAACGUGCCGCUGGCGUUCACACGUCUCAUUUUACACUACACUGUCACACAGUACAGUUACACGGGUCAAUCACUGAUCGUAUUUCAACAAAGAUAACGCGCGAAUCGAGCAUAGUUUGCACUAGUGGACGUUUGUGUUACAAAAUGAAUGGGACGAGUGCAACGCUGAUGCUGCAGACCAUUAUGGUUCUGAUGGACAGGCAGAAUGGAACCGAUGUGACGAACUUCCCCGGCAGUUAUAGCGAUGACAUGGAAUGGGAACGAUGCUACGGGAACUAUGGCUGCUUCUCGAAAGCGUAUCCUUGGACUGAGAACCGGCCUGAUAACUACUUUCCUCUGAGUCCUGAAUCUAUGGCUAUACGUUAUCCAACGUUCACACGACGGAAUAGAAAAACGCCGGUGUUCCUUCAAGCAGACAACAUCGACAGAAUAAGGAAUGCCAACAUCGACCCCAGAGGCCCGUUUUAUUUUAUAUCGCACGGAUUCCUCGAAGGAGGCCAUAAGCCUUGGAUCCAAGACAUGGUGAAUGCACUACUGAACAUCGAAGGGAACGACGCGGCGACUGUGAUGGUGGUAGACUGGGUAGGCGGCUCGCAGCCACCCUACGGGCAGGCGGUAGCUAACAUACGGCUCGUCGGCGUCAUGACGGCCCAUCUUGUGCACAAUCUCUAUGUUGAACUUGGACUUUCAAACGUGGACAAUUUCCACUUCAUCGGACACUCGUUGGGCGCACAUCUUGGUGGCUAUUGUGGGCAUGCAUUACAAAAGAAAUUCAAUUUGAAAUUGGGAAGAAUCACGGGGCUGGACCCUGCGGCUCCUCACUUCAGCAAGACCGUUACCAUCGUACGCCUGGACCGUUCCGAUGCAAAAUUCGUAGACAUCAUACACACGAAUGCUAUCCCGCUCUACAUGUCAGGUCUCGGCAUGUCAGAAGCUAUAGGACACGUGGACUUUUACCCCAACGGCGGGGCGUUGCAGCCAGGUUGCGCGGCGAAUGCGCGUUCGAAUCCCGACGGGGACUUCACGCCUUCCGUCACCAGGAUGCUGAGUUGCCACCACGUCAAGAGUCACGAAUACUUCACUGAGAGCAUAGCGCCUAAUUGCCCUUUCAUCGCGAUGCAGUGCGAAUCUUAUGAGGCGUUCCUCGCCGGCAACUGUACGACAUGCGACCUGAAACACUUCUGCAUCCCGAUGGGCUACCACUCGUACAGUUUCUACAAGCGGCUGCACAACGCCGGCCUCGUCGAUACCAACUCGAACAUAGCUCUUUACUCUAUGACUGGGAACAACAAGCCUUUCUGCAGAGUGCAUUACGAAGUGACGCUCAAGGUGUCGAAUUCUACCGAGAGCCGAACCCACGGCCCUGAGUCGGGAAAGGUGUCCAUCACUCUAGUCGACAGAAACAACAACAAGAGCGAACACAAGUACCUGGACGAUGAACAAAAAUUCUACAAACCAGGAGACAUAGAGAAGAAAAUGAUAGCCGUCAAAGACAAGGGCCAUCCGCCGGUCUUCGUGAUUGUGGAGUGGAAGUAUGAGACAAACCUUUUCAACCCGAUGACCUGGAGGCUGAUCAAGUCGCCCAGCAUCUAUGUCGAGUACCUUAAGUUUUCGUCCAUAGAGUAUAAUACAGAUAUCACCGUCUGCCCCAAACUAAACAAACCAGUGGUCGCAAAUCUGCCAACAAUAAUGAAAACGAAAUAUUGUAAAUUAAGAAAAUGAACUGCAGUAAUAAAAAAAGUCAGGCCUCGGACAAUGCACUUAAUCAAUGCAACUUUAAAUUACAAAAAGUAUUGUACUAGUAUUUACAUUUUAUAAUAAGGUUUAGAGAUUUUACAAGACAACUAGAUUAAAAUGUUUUAAUUAGCUUUUAGUUUUAAGGUGUUAUUAUGUAAAAAAGUGUAUAUUUAUUCAAUUUUUAUUUUAAAUUUUAAUUGUACCGUUUAAUACAACAUUGAAAAUGUAUCGUUUUCAAGGAAAGCAAUAAAUAUACUCAUUAUUUAAGUGGA